GAAGCACAAGGUAUCCCACAGUCAAAACGUGCCGCAGCACAAGCUAUCCCACAGCAGCAGAUGUGCUCUCCAGGCCAAGUUGGCGACAAGUCCCAGAGGGCGAGAAAGCGGUUAACCACCCUACAGAUGCUGCCUAGUGCUUGCCAGGCACGUGUUGCAACACCAGUAAAGCAGUCGUUCGAAUUUGUCGAGCAAGCUUCUUGCCUUCAAGCGUAAGCUGCAAAAACUGAACAUGUUUCACCUAGGAAUUAUGAGUUGGUAUACUCUCACGCCCAAUAAUGAAGGUCCAGCCAUGUAUCACAGCAAACAAACCAUCCGGCUCAUCAAGCCAACGCCUUGCUCAGCAUGGUACCUAUGCCGAAGGUGAUAAGCCUCAAGCAUGGACCAAGCAACCAGCCAUCUCGGUCGAUCAACCAGCUGUCACACUGUCCCGACCAUGUAAGGAACAGGAAGAAAACGUGCAAGGAGGCGGGGCGUCGCAGUUCUUAUACCUCUCAAGUCGGCUCCACGGACCAGCACGAAAAUGGUGACUGGGGCGUGUGACCGCUCAACGUGAUCUCGCAGCGUCAUACUCCAUUAUACGUGCAUGGUUGAGUAAUUGGAAACGGAAUCGACGUGAGUGCGGAAGGCGCGAUCUUCCGAUUCUGGAAAGCAGCGCACGGCAGAGAGCAUACACAAAG